AGUUAGGCUGCGCUCUGUGUGCUGAAGAGGAUUGAAUUCCGGACUGACAGGACCCAUUGCUGCUGUCAAUUGGAAGCAGUCCGUGACUGUGGUCCAGCCUGAAUAUGGGGAAAAAAAGCAGAGUGAAGACCCAGAAGUGGGGUACUGGAGCCACAGCCAUGGCCACUCCAAAAGAGAUGCUGAGCUUGAUCUCCGAACUCCUGCAGAAAUGCAGCAGUGCUGCUCCUCCCCCAGGACAGGAGUGGGCAGAGUAUAUACAAAUCAGGAGCCUUGUGGAAAAGAUCCGGAAAAAGCAGAAAGGUCUUUCUGUGAUGUUUGAAGGAACGAGAGAGACCUACUUCACAGAGCUGAUGGCCUGGGCUGCAGAAAAUGGAGCAUCUUGUGAAGGUUUUGAAAUCUGCCACUUUGGAGAGGAAGGAUAUGGCUUAAAAGCCACACGUGACAUCAAGGCAGAGGAGCUGUUUCUCUGGGUUCCUAGGAAGAUGCUGAUGACUGUGGAAUCAGCCAAGAGCUCUGUGCUUGGUCCCCUGUACCUCCAGGAUCGCAUCCUACAGGCUAUGGGCAAUGUGACACUAGCCUUUCACCUACUGUGCGAACGUGCCAACCCCAAUUCCUUCUGGCAGCCAUACAUCAAGACCCUGCCCAGCGAGUACGACACACCACUCUACUUUGAAGAAGAGGAAGUGCGUCAUCUUCAGGCCACACAGGCCAUCCAGGAUGUCUUCAGUCAGUACAAGAACACGGCACGCCAGUAUGCCUACUUCUACAAAGUCAUUCAGACUCAUCCCAGUGCCAGCAAGCUAUCCUUAAAGGAUGCCUUUACCUUUGACGACUACAGAUGGGCCGUGUCAUCUGUUAUGACCCGCCAGAACCAGAUCCCCACAGAAGAUGGCAGCCGUGUGACCCUGGCCCUGAUCCCGCUCUGGGACAUGUGCAAUCACACCAAUGGCCUGAUUACAACUGGAUAUAACCUGGAAGAUGACAGGUGUGAGUGCGUUGCCCUUCAGGACUACAAGAAAGAUGACCAGAUAUAUAUCUUCUACGGUACAAGAUCCAAUGCAGAGUUUGUAAUUCACAAUGGGUUCUUCUAUGAAGCCAAUGCCCAUGACCGGGUGAAGAUCAAGCUGGGUGUAAGCAAGAGUGAGCGCCUGUAUGCCAUGAAGGCCGAGGUCUUGGCGCGAGCUGGCAUUCCCUCGUCCAGUAUCUUCGCUCUGCACGGUGCCGACCCCCCUAUGUCAGCACAGCUGCUGGCCUUCCUCCGUGUCUUCUGCAUGACUGAAGAGGAGCUCAAGGACUACCUGGUGGGUGACCAUGCAAUCAACAAGAUCUUUACCUUGGGCAAUGCGGAGCUUCCAGUCAGCUGGGAGAAUGAGAUCAAACUAUGGACUUUCCUGGAGACAAGAGCAGCCCUGCUUCUCAAAACCUACCGAUCCACCUCAGAGAAUGACCGGUCCCUGCUGGAGCAGCCAGAGCUUUCAUUCCGUGCGCGGGUGGCUAUCCAGCUGCGGCUGGCGGAGAAGCAGAUCCUGGAGCAUGCUGUGCGCUGUGGGAGGGCAAGGCGAGAGCACUUCCAGAGGCAGCUGGAGGAGGGCGCCCCACUGCCACGCUGCCAGGAGAGCAGUAUCUCCCUGUUGGAGAACUCCCACCCGGAGUCAGGGCUGCCCCUCAGCCUCCACCACCUGGACGAGGCUGACGGGGCACUGGAAGGUUUGGCAGGGGCAGAACCUGGCGAUGGUCUGCUCCUCAAUGGUGCUGUCACUAUGGAGAAUGGGGAUGGCACUCCACACGAGGUCGAGCAAAGUGCCAAACGAACUGGAGACGAGGCCGUGGAGAACAGUAAAUAAGUCACCCAGGCAGAAUGGCAGUCCUAGUCCCCUCAUUAUUUAUUUAUUUUGGUUUCUCUAAGUGACUUAAAAGAAUAAAUGGAACAAAAGCAUUCAAAUUAAAAAGGCAGAACUUUUUGUGUUCUGUGGGUCUCCUGUGGCCCGUUCAUUUGUGUCCUGCCUGAGGAACGUGAAGCACGUUGUGCCACCAGUAGAUCAUAUCCAAGCCCUCAGUGUUGCAGCUCUUUUUAAUGUCUGGUUCUGUUUGGAGCUUAACAGCACCAUAUUUGCUUGUGUUUCAUUGCUUAAAAUGAAGACCCUUUGAAAAUAUACUGAUGGAUCACAAGCGUAAAUAACGAGAAUAAUCAAGAAAAUACAAGUUUUUGCGAUUAUGUACUGGCUAAAGGUUGUGGACAAAUGUUAGUUGCAAAGCGGGAUGUUGUUUGUGUGGUCUUGUGUUGUCUACACUGAAGCAAUGUACGGUUCAGGGACAGACACAAGCAUCAGAUCUUUUCCAUAAUUUGCUGCAAGGGCAAUAGGAGGAAUCCAGCUUUGCUGGCUGUUCCUCAUUGAGAUGUUGCCCUGUACUCCGCAGUUCCUGAUGAGGUCACUGCUGUGUCUCUACUGACCAGAGACCCAGUGUUACAAAGGAUGGAGCUUCUAGAUUUGAUCCUUGAUGCUUUAUAUUAGACACCAUCACUGAAGAAAUGAGGGUAGAGGUUAAUAUUUUGUCUGAAACCUGUUUUUGAAUGUAAUUUACUGUUUUAUUCUUCCGGUCACGCAAAUGUCUCUUUUCCCCACCAAGACCCUUGCAAGUUAAGAAAGAAGUUGGCUUUCCAGACAUAAAUAAGGAGACAUCAUUAAAAUAUUUGUUUACAGUAGAAGAGCAAUGAGUGCUCUUUGUAUUUUCUUUGUGUUGCUCUACUGUGUGAUAUGCAGUGAGAAGCAUAAGCUUUGGAACAGGAGUAAAGUUGUUUAUUUUUGGUGCAUACUCAUAAAAUGUGUAUUUCAAAUCAAAAUAUGGACAUGAGAAUGAAGUACAGAAUUUCAGCUUUUAUUUCUGGGUAAUGUUUUUCUAUGCAGGUGAAACCAUAUUGGAACAAUGUCAUUUUUUGUAUUUAGUCCCCCUACUUCCAGCUGAGCAUAAGUGUUGGGGAAAAUACAAUUAAAGCAAAUUAAACUUGUGUAAAGUUAUACACCGCUUUACAUGCAACUGCUUCCAGUCUGGAACCAAUCAACAUCAGCAGACUCUCGAUGUCUUCCUUUGCUAAGGAUGAUUUGCUAAGCCUUAACAGCAGCCUCUUUCAGUUGUUGCUUCUUUUGGGUUUCCUGACUUCAUUGUCCAUUUCAGUAAGUGAAAUGCAUGUUCAAUUGGAUUUGAAUCAGGACACUUACUUGGCCAGUUUAAAACUUUUUCCACUUUUUCUUUCAGAUGAACUCGUUGGUUAAGUGUUUGGUGUGUUUUUGAUCUCGUCGUCAUGCUCCAUUAUGAACUUCUGUCCAAUGAGUUUGGAGGCAUUUUUUGGGCACAGGGAGACGAGAUGUUUCUGUACACUUCAGAAUUCAUUCUGUUGCUAUCAUCAUCACUUACAUCAUUAAUAAAGACUGGCGAGCCAGUUCCAGAAGCAGCCAUGCAUACCCAAACCAUGGCACCACCUCCUCCAUGCUUCACAGAUAUGGUGAGGUGAUGUGCUUAGGAUCAUUUGCAGUCCCUCUUUCUCUGCACUUUCCCCUUUCCAUCACUUUGAUAAAGGUUUAUCUUCACCUCAUCUCUCUGUAAAACUUUGUUCCAUAACUCUUCUGGCUCAUCUUUGUACUUUUUUGCAAAUUCCAGUCUGGCCUUUCUGUUCUUGCUGCCGAUGCGAGGUUUGCAUUUUGCAGUGUAGCGUCUCUGUUUCGCCACUUAAAGUCGUUUGUGAACAGUGAAUCGUGGUACUUUCACCCCUGCACUCUACAGUUUUUCUAUGAUUUCUUUUGCUGUUGUUUUGGGGUUUUCCUUGACAGCUCUAAUGACUUUUUUUUGUCAGUUGCUGUGGUAGUCCUUGUUUGACCUGGUCAUCACAAAUUGCUUACUCUUCCAGUAGUUUCUUUCCCUUUCAAGAUGUUUCAUACUUUUGAUUUUCAAUCCCCAGUUCCUCUGCAAUCAUUGUAACUGGUGUUUG